UCAUUUUUCGUAUUAAAGAUUUGGAAUUUUUAAUAAUGGCCAACUUUAUUCGCUGUUUAAAUCUAACCAGAACUUUAGCAGCUACACCCAUCAAUUUCCGAUUUUAUUCCACUGAUUCUACACCUAGUGGAGUACCCUAUAAAUCUCUUAAAAGCAAAGAUGUUAUGUCACCAGUGUCUGUACCAUCAUCUGCAGAUGUUGUUAUAAUUGGUGGAGGUAUAAUUGGAUGUAGCACUCUUUAUCAUUUAACUAAAUUAGGAUGCACCAAUGUGAUAUUAUUAGAAAAGGACCAGUUAACUGCCGGAACAACUUGGCACACUGCAGGUUUAAUUUGGAGGUUGAGACCUAGUGAUACUGAUAUCCAAAUUUUGAAUCAUACAAGGCAUUUAUUGAAUGAUGUCUUGGAAAAAGAGACAGGAGUGCAUCCAGGAUGGAUUAAUAAUGGAGGUCUUUUUAUUGCAAAUUCAAAAGAAAGGAUGAAUGAAUACAAACGACUUAUGACGAUUGGCAAAGCAUUUGGAAUUGAGUCUCAUGUAUUAUCACCUUCUGAAACAAAGAAACUGUACCCAUUAAUGAAUACUGAAGAUUUAUAUGGAACUUUGUACAGUCCAGGUGAUGGUACUGUAGAUCCAGCUGGUUUCUGCGUCUCACUUGUUCGUGCUGCAACAAAGUCUGGUGCUAAAGUUAUUGAAAAAUGUGCUGUGACUGGAAUUGAUGUAAUAGAAAAUGAAUUUGGAACAAAGAAAAUAAAUGCUAUUCAUACAACUUCAGGAACUGUGAAGUCUAACUGUGUUGUCAACUGUACUGGAAUUUGGGCUCCAUACAUUGGACAAAUGGCUGGAGUAAAAGUUCCCUUAAUUGCUAUGAAACAUGCAUAUGUUGUCACAAAUCGAAUAGAAGGUGUACAAAAUAUGCCAAAUGUUCGAGAUCAUGAUCUCUCUAUAUAUUUACGUUUGCAAGGGGAUGCACUUUCAGUUGGUGGUUAUGAAACUAAUCCUAUAUUCUGGGAAAAUGUAGAAAAGAAUUUUGCAUUUGGGCUCUUUGAACUGGACUGGAAUGUGUUUGGCACUCAUAUAGAAAAAUCAAUCCACAGACUUCCUGCACUAGAAUUCACUGGCAUUAAAUCAACUGUCUGUGGGCCAGAAUCUUUUACUCCUGAUCAUAAGCCUCUUCUUGGAGAAGAUCCUAUCGUUCGUGGCUUUUAUCAUGGAUGCGGCUUCAACAGUUUGGGUAUGAAUGCUGGCGGAGGCUGUGGUCGAGAAUUAGCAAAGUGGGUAAUCAAGGGAAGACCUGAACUGGAUAUGUAUGGAUAUGAUAUUAGGCGCUUUUAUGAAAACAUGACAGAUAAUAAAAAAUGGAUCAAAGAGCGAAGUCAUGAAUCUUAUGUGAAGAAUUAUUCUAUAGUUUAUCCUCAUGAUGAGCCACUUGCUUCACGUAACAUGAGAAAAGAUGCUUUCCAUAAUGAACUCUUAAAUGCUGGUUGUGUUUACCAAGAAAGGCUUGGAUUUGAAAGACCAGGAUGGUUUUCUCCUCAUGGCCCUGCUCCUGUUCUAGAAUAUGACUACUAUGGAAGUUAUGGAAUUGAAGAGCAUGAAAAUUAUACAUAUGCUAAGCGAUUAAAUGAAGAUUAUACAUUUAAUUUUCCAAAACACCAUAAUAUAAUAGGAAAGGAAUGCUUAGGAUGUAGGUUAAAUGCAGCUGUUUUCAACAUGUCAUAUUUUGGGAAAUUUUUCUUGACUGGUCCUGAUUCUCAAAAGGCUGUAAACUGGAUUUUCACAAAUAACGUUGAAAAGCCUCCAGGUUCUACUGUAUAUACCUGUAUGCUAAAUAAAUAUGGUGGAACAGAGGCAGAUCUUACUGUCAGUUCUGUGGUAUCUGGUGAUAAUUCAGUAUGCCAUCCAAAAUUUGAAGGUCAGGGAUUUUAUCUUGCUGUUGGUGGAGCAGCAGCUCAACAGAAUCUGACACAUAUAAGAAAUGUGAUACAAGAUGAAAAGUUUAACGUUUCCAUAUCUGACCAAACUGAAAAUAUUGGACUCCUUAGUAUACAAGGUCCUAAAAGUCGAGAUUUAUUGCAGUCUCUAACUGAUGCUAGUCUGAGUGAUGAAGAUUUCCCAUUUUCAAGUAACAAAGUCAUCAACUUUGCUGGAUUCAAGGUUUUAGCUUUGAGGCUUUCUUUUGUCGGAGAGCUGGGCUGGGAACUCCAUAUUCCAUAUGAAAAUUGUGUAGCUGUAUAUAAAGCUUUAAUGGAAAAAGGAAAAGAAUAUGGUCUUGUUAAUGCAGGCUACCGAGCAAUUGAUUCCUUAAGUAUUGAAAAGGGUAAUAUACUUCUAAAUCAUUUUACAACUAUUGUUGAGCUGUUUCAAAAGAAAUAG